ACACAUUAGUUUUACUCACAUCAUGUCCAUUAAUAACUUAUGCACACCCCCCUCUGCAGCUGUGACAAGAUCACAGGGGAAAACCAAAAACCACAGACCCUGUCAGCUUAAGACUAGACACUAGUACUGAGCAAUAUUAAGAUUUUAAUGAUACCCCUAGUCUCUGCCAACAGAAUUUUAAUAAUGCAUUGAGACUCCUCUAUAUAGACAAUUGUGAUCUUGCAUAAUUUUUUUUAUCAUAACUGGAAUCGCAAGGUUUGUUUGAGGUUGUUUGACAAUGUGACUCAUUGUUUUUGAGGUUGGCCACCUAAACUGAAAUGUCAAAUGUGCAACAGUGUGAACCAUAAAAACAAACAGCAGCCUGGCUGCCUCAACGAGAGAAUGUGUUAAAAUAGUGGUUUCUGAAUGGGUGAGGAGCAGAUGCAACAAACACAUUACCUUACUUCCUCAUCUGCUCUACUAUCGUCGACUUCUGCGUUGCUGUUCAGAGGAAAGAAAGUUCUACGGGUUUGGAACGACAUAAGGGAACCAUGGCAAUGAACACCACAGUCAACUAUACCACCAGCCCUGCAGUGACAACCAACCCAACUUCAGAAGCCCCCUCGGCACACCUCACCGAGCCCUUCAGAGUCGCCCUGAUCAUCAUUUACACUGCAGUCCUUCUAGUCGGCAUCACAGGCUUAAGCGUCAUGAUCAGCUUGUUAAAAACCAACAUUCGCUCGUUAACCACCAUCGCCUUCCUGAACUUGAUGGUCGCACACUUUCUUUUCCUGCUCACCGUGCCGUUCAGAAUCUACUACUACGUGUCCCAAACGUGGAAGCUGGGUCAUGGAUUCUGUAAACUGGUCAGCGCCAUGGUGCAUAUCCACAUAUACAUGGUGUUUACCAUCUACUCCAUCCUUCUCACGGUUCGUUUCCUGCAUUUUUACAAGAAAACGCAGCGGACUGAGUUCUACAGGAGGCUGCAUGGACUGGGUGCGAGCGCUCUGGUGUGGUUCAUCCUGUUAAUCAUCAUGCUCCCCGUCGUGCUCAAACAAUACGGACACGGACAGGGACAGGGAGAGGUGCUGCCCGUCGUGCUCAAACAAUACGGACACGAACACGGACACGAACACGGACUGGGAGUGUUUAUUUACAUCUUUAUAAUCACGGUGUCGUGUCUUCAGACCUGCAUCCAGGUCAUCAUCCUGCGCUCGAUGAUCCUCAAGUACGGCCCCGCCUGCCGUUCCCAGCAGGAGUUUUGGGUCCAAAUAAAAAACCUCAGCUUUGUACUCAUCAUGCUCACCUGCCUGGUACCGUACCACCUUUUUAGGCUACAAUACAUGAAUUAUACUAAAGAACUUCAUCAGAUAAAUGAAGUGUUUCUGGCCAUCACUGGGCUUACGUGUUUCGACAUGCUGACGUUCACUGGGAAGAACAUAUAUAAAGUGUGCUGGACCAGAUAAAUAAAGCGGAUAAAUACUGAACAUGGAUACCAUUUUCCGCAUCACUACCCAUAAAUCAGGGUCUGCAGAUGGAAACUGGAAACCGUUUCAACAGAACACAUUUUUUAUAAUUAUAAGGUGAAGGUAAUGAGAAUCAGCCUUAGCAAAAUGUGGCCCGUUUUGCGCCAAAAUACCAUAGAAAUUACUGAAAAUAUUAAGUGUGGUAGCUGUGUUUCUGAAAGCUUUUUACAUUGUUUGAAUGCUCUUGAAAAAAAGGGUCUGUGUUUUGUUUUUUGUUUUUGAUCAUGUAAAUUCCAUUAGGCCUACCAUGAUAAGCCUAUACUUUAAAGUAACAGUGUUACUACAGUAUAUAUAUAUAAUUCGAUUGUUAUGUGUUUAAAAUGACAGUAGUGAUAAUGGUAAUCAUGGUAUUCAAGUCUUACGGAUGAUUUGAAAUGACGUAUGUUUUGAUAUGCUUUUGUGGAGAUAGAAAUGCAAAAUACAUUUUAUUUUAAGGGUUAAUUUUACAGCGCAACUUUGACAGCUAUUAUAUUUACAGAUAAUAACUGAACUAAUAUGAAAGCAGCUCAGUGAAUUUAAGUCCUACGUUCUCAGAACUUUGGUUAAUCUUAUCUCAAAUUUAUGAACAUACGUUCUUCCAAUAACGUUCAUUCAAUGUUGUGCUCUCAAAGCGUCAUCGGCUUUCUUUUCCUCUAAUGUUUUUUGUAACGUUAUACUUGUAAUACGUUUCAGAACGUUUAGGGAACUUUUAAAAGUAGGCCUAAUUCAGAACGUUCCCAUAAUGAUAAAAUGGAACGUUCGCAUUUUUUUUCUCUAGUGUUUUCAUAACGAAUAAUUUGUUUUUGUUUUUUUUACGUUAAAAAUUUUAGGUUUUAAACAUUCAGAGACCAUUCCAAAAUGUUCAUACCAUAAUGGCAAGUUGCUGAAGUUCUUAACACAUAUUUUGUGAGCUGGGGGUACAUCUCGCGACACGACAAACUUGUGAUACUCGUGACUCGUGAUAGAGCGUCAGUUAGUUUCAUAUUUGGGGACGAUUUUAGACUCAUGCAAAAAUGAAACGUUCUAAAUAUAGUUUUAUGUUCAGUUAUGUGAUAAAACAAUAGACAACCGAUGUUCGACCUCUUGUUGAGAGAGAGAGAGAGAGAGAGGAAAAUAGAGAUUUGGCGCCCUCUUCUGAUAAAAUUGGAGAACUUCAAAGACCGGAUCUGAGGUAGCUUAGUUGAAAGCUAAAACAAUAUUUCUGUAACUAUGAGUUGUGCUUCAGGGUUCAACCAGUGUUUAUAUGUAGGCUUUUUACUUGUUUUCUGAAAAUACAAAAAUAUCGGUUUUAUUCAUAUGUGUUCCCUCUUGUCUUUAGGCUUCGUUUGUCUGCGUUUUUUAUGGCGUGGACUCAUGCACAGGCAAAAUGAUUCAUGUCUUGUGUUUUAUUGGGGCUAGUUACUGUUUAACAUCUCCACCCAACUUUCAGUUUGUUUAGUAAAUCGACCUAAUGAGGCUCCCCCAACACCACCAAAAGUAUUAUCCAAUGUGAGGCUUUUGACAUGUCAAACACUUCAUUUGCGCUCUAUAUCCGCCUAAAUAUAAUAUUUAUUAGCAUAAAAUUUUGACACAUGCUCGUUUGGGUUUUGGUGGAUUAAUGCACAUCGUUGUUGGACGUGGAGAAG